AUGAAUCGUGUUUGCUCUGAAGUGGGGGCUGAAACAUUAUAUAUGGGAGCCUGGAGAAGUAGAACAGCUAAUAAAAAACGUGGGGCAGAGGAAAUAAAUAAGAGUUACCAACGUAUAAAGUCACUACUUGAUAAUUUACUUACUGCAAACCCCGGGAGUGUUACUGCAUUUGAUGUUGAUCGAUUUAAUCAUGCAUUUCUAUGCUUGCAUCCAUGGAUUAAAGUCACUGAACAUUGCAGAUCUGUUUUUACUUUUGAUGCUUGCCAUUCGAAAUCGAGUUAUAGGGGAGUGUUUCUUGGUACAAGCACAAUUGAAGGCGAAGGCAAACUUGUCCCAGUAGCAUUUGCGAUUUGUUCAAUUGAGAAUUCUAAUAAUUGGGCAUGGUUUUGUGAACUUCUCCAUACAGCUCUUCCAACAAUUAAUACAAAUGAAACUGUGAUUAUUAGUGACCGCGAAAAGGGUAUUGCUGAUGUUGUACGAACAGAACUUCCUAAUGCCUUUCACGCACAUUGUGUUUGGUAUAUUGAGAAAAUGUCAAUACGAAGUUCAGAACUAAACUUGGGGGCAUUACAUAUAGAAGAUUUUGAAAAUAUUAUGAAAGAUAUCUCUAAACUACAUGCGGAAGCUGCCAUUUAUCUUAACGAAAUACCACCUGAAACAUAG